AUGUCGAAUAAUUUGUUGAGAAAACCGCGAUCGAUGGGCAAUCUCUUGCCUCCGAAUUACAUCAGUGACGAAGGGCGCUUUGAUCUGAACCUGCCGCGCAUACGACCUGCAUGGCUUAUGAAUGAGAGCAUUAAAAGUUUGGACGGUAAAUUUCCCAUGGUACCAGCCCCCACUGGAUCCAUUGUCUUUUAUACAACACCACUGGGCGAAAAGGUAUGUUUACUUUAUAAAUUAAAAUGUUUGUACUUUGAAUAGACAACUUGCAUGCAUGUUAGACUAAUUUUUUAUCUAUAGGCAAAGAAAAGUAAAGAACUUAUUAAAAUUAGUAAAAUAUAAUAAUAUAUUUAUAUAAUAUUUAUAUAUUUAUACUUUGAAUUGACAAUUCCCAUUAUAGACUAAUUUUAAAACUAGGCAAGGAGAUGCAAAUAAAUCACCACAGCUAGAAAGAGCAUACUAAAAUGAGUAAAAUAGCAAAGUCUGGUUGCGAAAUGUUGUAAAAUGCGGAAAAUAUAGCCUUGCAAAGUUUGCAAAUUUGUAUACUUUUGUAUUGCGUGCGGAAAUUGCUACCACAUUUGGGCCAAAAAUGUGUUCUCAGAAUGAAAUGCUAUUUCAGAGAUUCAAAUUUUAAAAAUUUCCUGGGGGGACAUGCCCCCAGAGUCCAGACCCCCCUAACUAAGUCGUGCCUGCCGCACUCAGCUCACACCUUCGGCGAUCGCAUACUAUCCUGGGAGGAGGACAAUGAAAAUGGGCCCUUUUUGCAGUUUUGCCCCACCACUGAAGAAUCCUUAGCUUAAAAAAUGCACUGCCUUACCUUAUGAGUUAUGUUAAAUCUUUUUUCUUUGCCACUGUCUUCAGCUUCGUCAAAUGCCAAAGGACAGGGAGUUUGAUCUGACUGAUCCUCUGCGUCCAAGCCACUCGUACAACUGUCUCCAUGACCAGCAUCUCCAGGUCUAUUUUAGAUCGAAUGACAUCCGGAAGAGAAUGGUGGACGAAGGUAAUGGCGACGUGUGUUUAAUCAACGUUUUGUUUGGUUCAAGACAAUUCCUGAAGCUCCUUCGCAAUUUGGCUUAGCUUUCAGCUGCGAGUAAAGCCGUGCGUCAAAGGAGAACGAGAAUUGAGAAGCGAGAGUUUGCAUGAGAGUUGAUGAGAGUUGAGAAGCGAGAGUUUGCAUCAGAGUUGAGAAGCGAGAGUUUGCAUGAAAGUUGAUGAAAGUUGAGAAGCGAGAGUUUGCAUGAGAGUUGAUGAGAGCUGAGAAGCGAGAGUUUGCAUCAGAGUUGAUGAGAGUUGAGAAGCGAGAGUUUGCAUCAGAGUUGAGAAGCGAGAGUUGCACGGGAGUUGAGAAGCAAGAGUUUUUAUCAGAGUUGAGAAGCGAGAGUUUGCAUCAGAGUUGAGAAGCGAGAGUUGCACGAGAGUUGGGAAGCGAGAGUUUGCAUGAGAAGUGAGAGUUUGCACGAGAGUUUUCUCAACUGUCGUGCCCCGGUCAAACGAGAACAAGAGUUGCAUGAGAGUUGAUGAGAGUUAGUUGGAUAUUACCGCGCGCGUGGCGAAAACUCUCAUCAACUCUGAUCAAAAUUUGAACACUAUUACCAUAUUUUCCUAUUGAUCGUUGUUUUGUGUCCCUAAAGGUUUCAUAACGGAUGAUGGUUACGUGAAAUGUUCCCUGAAGGAGUUCAACGAAUAUCGUCAGUGGAUCAGGAAAUUGAAGCUAGAUGAACUUCAUCGUGAGAGAAGACAAGACGAGAAACAGAUCGAAGAAGCAAAGAAGAACAGACUGGAAAGAAUCGCUUUGGAAAGAGACCCUGAGUUAUUGGAAAUUUUGAAACGAAGGUAUGGAUAAAGACCCAUUACGUCAAUGUCAAAGUUUCCAGAUAUGAUGUCAUUAGGUGAAACUUUGGUACAAAAAACAAAGGAAAACUAAUUUGCAAUUCACCUAAUGAUAUCAUAUCCAGUGAAAAAGUUGAUCAAGAUCGGAUUUUUUAUUUUUAAGAUAUAUUUACCAAAAUAUAGAUACCAAAAAUCAUACUUGGGGUUAGGUACACUUUAAUGAUGUUCAUCAUUAAAUAUAGAGUAACAUCACAAGCAUCAUAUUCACCUGACUACAUAACACCAGCACAGAAAGAAAUAAUAUGUCAUCUUUUGAUAUUUAUCUUAUCAGUCAAUAAUAAGGUAUUGAUUUGGAUAUUUUCAGACGUGAAAAGAAACGCGAGGAAGCGAAGAUCCAUCAGAAACGAAUCAAGAGAGAGCAAGAACGUCUGAGAAAGCUGGAAGAAAUGGAUCGUCAACGACGCGAGAACUUCGUGGAAAUCAGACGAAAGACUCGAGACCGCAUUCAGAUCAAGCGAGAUUUAGAAAGAGAGAGAUUAAGAAAGAAAAAAUGUGAUGACGAACGCAAGGUGGGUCUUACUACGAUUGAUGCUCAUGAUAGGGGGUAUUCCAGCUAGAAACUAAAUUUUGAUCAAGGCAAGAAGGACGAAAUCCAACAUCACAGCUAGAAAGAGCGUCUUAGAAUGAGUAAAACGGCAAAGAUUGGUUGCUAAAUGUUGUAAAAUGAAGAAAAUAUAGCCCUGUGAAGUUCGCAAAUUUUGUAUAUAUUUGUAUUACGCGCGGUAAAAAUAACCACUUUCGCCUCAAAAAUGGUUAUUUUUCCCGCGCGUAAUGCAAAUAUAUACAAAAUUUGCGAACUUCACAGGGCUAUAUUUUCCUCAUUUUACAACAAUUCGCAACCAAACUUUGCAAUUUUACUCAUUUUAAGAUGUUCUUUCCAGCUAUGGGAAUGAAGUUCGUUCUUCUUGUCUAGAUCAAUACUUCGUCAAAAGCUGGAAUCAGCCAUCGUUGAAUUGUUUACUAGAGGCCCUUGGAGACGGCAUACCUCCGUCAGCGAAUUAAAGGUGAUCUACAGUCCGAUCUGCGCAUGUGCACAAAGGAGCCCACUUUUUAUGAUACAAACAGUUUAACUAUGUCUUGGGUCCUUGAAAAGCCUGAUUACGAAUUAAGUUAUGCAUCAUGCGUAAAUUAUACCAUGGGCUUAUGAUGGAUUCUGCUUUCUCGGCAAAGCAAGACAAAGCUUUGCUAUAAUUUCUCAUCCAAGUUUCAUCUAGCCUGCAUGGCAGGCGGUCCCUAAAAUCGGGCAAGGCUAAGUUUCAUCCAUUUCUUCGUACUUUACUGACAGGAUCACAAGAUCAGACUUCGCAUUGUGAGAAAAUUAAGCCUAGAUAUUGAGCAAAGAUUAAAACAUCUGGAAGAAAGAAAGGAAGAGGCCAAAGAACUGAAAAUAAAGAAGGUAUGACGAACAAACAGAC